AUGGGCGGCCUGGCAUCUGCUUUGGCUUUGGCAAAGGAGGGAUUCAACAGAAUUGACGUCUACGAAUACGCGUCGGACCUAGGCUUUGUUGGAGCUGGCAUUCAGCUCGCACCCAAUAUGGCUCGAAUAUUAGACCGGUUGGGAGUAUGGGAGCCGAUAGCAAAGGAGGCUACCAAUAUCAAGGACACUAGCAUCAGACAGGGUGCAACUAAUCAGGAACUCGGCCACGUGGAGUUGGGGUAUAUUGAGAAAACCUACGGGUAUCCGCAUAUGGUUGGGCACCGUUUCUCGCUCGCCAAUUCGAUGUAUGAAGGUUGCAAAAAGGAGAAGGCUAUUACCUUCUACUUCAACACAAAAGUCGAAUCCAUCGAUUCGUUCGGGCCAAAGCCAAUAAUCACUGCCACACCACGCGACGGAUCACCGCCGUAUAAGGUAGAAGCAGAUGUUUUGCUGGCUGCAGAUGGUAUCAAGAGUCUCAUCCGCGUUGAGAUGCUCAAGCUGUUGGGCGUCGAUGCCGAAAUCACCAACACAAACCAGGCAGCAUACCGUAUAAUGAUCCAUCGGGAUCAGAUCAAAGAUGAUCCCGAGCUUCUUGCUCUUCUAGAUAGCGACACUGUCACGAGGUGGAUCGGUGAGAAGAGACAUAUUAUUGCCUACCCCGUUUCCAAUAAGACCAUUUAUAAUCUCUCCACCGCCCAACCAGACACAAACUUCGCUGCCGCUCCGUCAGCUACAUAUACCACCAAGGGAUCGAAGACAGCGAUGCUGGGCGUCUUUGAUGAUUUCUCCCCGAUGAUUCAUCGAAUGUUAAAUUACGUCCCGGAGGGAGAGGUAUGCGAAUGGAAGCUCCGAGUCCACGCCCCUCUACCAACCUGGAUUUAUAAGACAGUGGCUUUGGUUGGUGAUGCCUGCCAUCCUACACUCCCUCAUCUGGCUCAGGGCGCUGCUCAGGCCAUUGAAGAUGGAGCUGUGAUCGCCGUUGUCCUGUCUCGUCUACCCGAUACUUCACCCGAAUCAAUCAAUAAAUCUCUCCGUGUAUAUGAACAGGUCCGCAAAGAACGUGCCGAAACCCUGGUCGAGUUAGCUGCUGCAUCUGGACGAACAUUGCAUCUCGGUGACGGUGCUGCCAAGGAAGAGCGCGAUAAGCAAUUUGCCGCUUUGAAGCAGGGUAAUGGAAAAGUGCCUGACAAGUGGGCGGAUGCCGAUGUCCAGAAAAACAUCUAUGGCUUUGACUGCACCAAGGUGACUGAAGACUCAUUCGAUGAGAUCUUUAGCAGCCUUUCAGCAACGAAUGGGCCCAAUACUACUAACGGGACCAACGGUGCUGCUCAUGCAUGA